AAAAAAAAAAAAUAAAACAAAGGUUAAAAAAAACAACAAGGAGAAGUCUUUCAUCUAAUUCUAUUAUUUCUUCUCAAAUCUUCAUCUCCCUGUCUCUCUUUUUUUACUUCCACAAUACAAUGCCCUCUUAAGAGAUCACCUUUUGUUAAUGUCUCUUCCCACCAAACGCUCUGCCAGUGCCACCGCCACCACAUCUAGUUCCUCCACCACCGGCACCGCCAAUUUUCCUCCUAUGAAGAAGGCCAAGUCCCAGGCCGUCUCCGCUUGCUCCCCUCUCGAGCCUACCUCCAACAAAAACGGCCUCCACCACUUUAACUCCGCCACUGCUCCCGAAAACGACAUCGUUUUCGACCCCUCUUCGAUGACGCUUGAUGAUGAUCCCAAGCUCGACGACCGCUCUCCUCCCCCCGCCGCUAAUUUGUCUCGUAAAAAGGCCACUCCCCCUCAGCCCGCGAAGAAGCUCGUCAUCAAGCUUUUGAAAGCUAAACCUACACUGCCUACAAAUUUUGAGGAGGAUACGUGGGCAAAGCUACAGUCAGCUAUUAAAGCAAUAUUCUUGAAACAACCAGAUUCUUGUGAUUUGGAGAAACUUUAUCAGGCUGUCAAUGAUCUUUGCUUGCACAAGAUGGGUGGUAAUCUUUAUCAGCGAAUUGAAAAAGAAUGUGAAGCCCACAUAUCUGCAGCAUUACAAUCUUUAGUUGGCCAAAGCCCAGAUUUGGUUGUUUUCUUAUCACUUGUUGAGAGAUGCUGGCAGGAUAUGUGUGACCAAAUGUUGAUGAUCCGUGGUAUAGCCUUGUAUCUAGAUAGAACAUACGUGAAACAAACUCCAAAUGUGCGUUCAUUAUGGGAUAUGGGUUUGCAGCUUUUCCGGAAGCAUCUUGCCUUGUCUCCUGAAGUUGAACACAAAACUGUUACAGGCCUUUUGCGAAUGAUUGAGAAGGAAAGAUUAGGUGAAGCAGUUGAUAGAACUCUCCUUAACCAUCUUUUGAAGAUGUUUACUGCUUUAGGAAUUUAUGCAGAAAGUUUUGAAAGGCCAUUCCUUGAGUGCACGUCUGAAUUUUAUGCUGCUGAAGGCAUGAAAUACAUGCAACAAUCAGACGUUCCAGAUUACUUGAAGCAUGUGGAGAUAAGAUUAAAUGAAGAACAUGAAAGAUGUUUACUCUAUCUUGAUGCAAGUACUAGAAAGCCACUAAUAGCAACUGCAGAAAGGCAGCUCCUAGAACGCCAUAUAUCUGCAAUUCUGGAUAAGGGGUUCAUGAUGCUAAUGGAUGGCCAUCGAAUCCAGGAUCUUAAGAGGAUGUACUCAUUGUUCUCAAGGGUCAAUGCUCUUGAAUCAUUGAGGCAGGCUCUUAGCUCGUAUAUACGAAGAACUGGGCAAGGCAUCGUCAUGGAUGAAGAGAAAGAUAAGGAUAUGGUUUCCUCUUUGUUAGAAUUUAAGGCUUCGCUUGACACAAUAUGGGAAGAAAGCUUUUCAAAGAAUGAAGCAUUUUGCAAUACCAUAAAGGACGCGUUUGAACAUCUAAUUAAUCUACGUCAGAACCGACCAGCUGAGCUGAUUGCGAAGUUUCUGGAUGAGAAACUUCGUGCUGGAAAUAAGGGUACUUCUGAAGAGGAGUUGGAGGGUACACUUGAUAAAGUUUUGGUUUUGUUCAGGUUUAUACAGGGCAAGGAUGUGUUUGAAGCAUUUUACAAGAAGGAUCUUGCUAAAAGGCUGCUUUUGGGGAAAAGUGCUUCCAUUGAUGCUGAGAAAUCUAUGAUAUCUAAGCUGAAGACUGAGUGUGGCAGCCAGUUCACAAACAAACUUGAAGGAAUGUUUAAGGAUAUUGAACUAUCAAAGGAGAUCAAUGAAUCCUUCAAACAAUCAUCCCAGGCAAGGACAAAACUUCCAUCAGGGAUUGAAAUGAGUGUCCAUGUCUUAACAACAGGGUACUGGCCUACAUAUCCACCCAUGGAUGUUAGGCUUCCUCAUGAGCUGAAUGUCUAUCAGGAUAUUUUCAAAGAAUUCUACUUGAGUAAGUAUAGUGGCAGGCGCUUAAUGUGGCAAAAUUCAUUGGGUCACUGUGUGUUGAAAGCUGAAUUUCCAAAAGGUAAAAAGGAGCUGGCAGUUUCUCUAUUUCAGACUGUGGUGUUGAUGUUGUUUAAUGAUGCCCAAAAGCUUAGUUUUCAAGAUAUUAAGGAUGCCACUGGCAUAGAGGACAAGGAAUUGAGACGGACUUUGCAGUCUCUUGCAUGUGGAAAAGUCCGUGUCCUGCAAAAGCUACCCAAAGGAAGGGAUGUUGAGGAUGAUGAUUCAUUUGUUUUCAAUGAGGGAUUUACUGCUCCUCUCUAUCGCAUCAAGGUUAAUGCAAUCCAAAUGAAGGAAACUGUAGAGGAGAACACAAACACCACUGAAAGAGUAUUCCAGGACCGUCAAUACCAGGUUGAUGCUGCUAUUGUUCGGAUAAUGAAAACAAGGAAAGUCCUAAGCCAUACACUCCUGAUCACUGAACUCUUCCAACAGCUCAAGUUUCCUAUAAAGCCAGCUGAUUUGAAGAAAAGGAUAGAGAGUCUGAUUGACAGGGAGUACUUGGAGCGAGACAAGAACAACCCUCAGAUAUACAAUUACCUGGCGUAAUCAAUCAUUUUGCAGCACGAAGUAGCACCUUGUAAAUGACAUGGGAAAUAUCUGACCUCGAGUUAGGGAAAUCCCUGUCAGAGUAUGUACAGUAAGUUGUAGUAGCAAUUUAUUUUUGUUGUCAGUCAACACUACAAUUUGUAAAGCAUAAUUGUUUUCUCUUUCAUACUUGUCUUGGUGUUGUAGACUUGGAGUUGCUUUCAAAUAAGUGACACUUAAAGAGGGGGGCUAAGUGGAAAUGAUUUGAAAGGAGAACAAGAAAAAAUGAUGUUUAGAGGUUUGUACUUUGUAAAAGUUGGAGAAAGGUGAGAACUGAGAAGAGAUGGGCUCUGAUAUUUUUAUGGCAAGUGUGUGAGAGCGGCCAUUUCAUAGAA